AAAAAAGCAAUUGUCAUAAUUUUCUUGAAAGGAUAACUUUAAUGCUCUAAUUUUGCAUUAAAUCUAGACCGAUUUGUAAUCUUUUUACAAAGGCAUUAAAAGACAUAAAAUACUCUACUAAUUGUUGCUUAAAUAUACUAUAAUUUAUCACAGAAACUUGUUGAUUUUUGUUGGACUUUAACACACAUCCAGAAAGCUAUUUUUUUUUUGCGAAAAGAUAAAUUCGUGAAAAUAUCGAUUGCUGAUAAACAGUCUUUAAGUACAAUACACAAUUUCGGCAAGAUUAUCAUUCACAAGUGUCAGGUUCUCUUUCGUCAACAACCUAGAAAAAUGUUCGGUUUAUGGUAUACCUCACUCCUAAUUAAAGAAAUUUGGAACAAAUCCGAAAUGGUCGACGCUGCAGUACUUGAAAAAUUAGAAGCCGGCUUCACUAAGCUCCAAGCUUCUGACUCAAAGUCCUUGCUUAAGAAGUACUUGACCAAGGAAGUCUUUGAUGCUCUUAAGAACAAGAAGACACCAACCUUCGGAUCAACAUUGCUCGAUGUCAUCCAAUCUGGAUACGAAAAUCACGAUUCAGGAGUCGGAAUUUACGCCCCAGAUGCUGAAGCUUAUACCACAUUCGCUGACUUGUUCGACCCAAUCAUUGAAGAUUAUCAUGGUGGAUUCAAGAAGACCGAUAAGCAUCCAGCAAAGGACUUCGGUGAUGUCUCUGUUUUCGGUGAUUUGGAUCCAGCUGGUGAAUUUGUAGUAUCAACACGUGUCCGUUGCGGUCGCUCAUUGGAAGGAUAUCCAUUCAACCCAUGUUUAACAGAAGCCCAAUACAAGGAAAUGGAACAAAAAGUUUCAACCACAUUGGCUGGCUUAGAAGGAGAAUUGAAGGGCAAAUUCUAUCCAUUGACUGGAAUGGACAAGUCAACCCAACAACAACUCAUUGAUGAUCAUUUCUUGUUCAAAGAAGGUGAUCGUUUCUUACAAGCUGCAAAUGCUUGCCGCUACUGGCCAUCAGGAAGAGGUAUCUACCACAAUGAUGCCAAGACCUUUUUAAUUUGGCUGGCUGAAGAAGAUCAUCUUCGUAUCAUUUCCAUGCAAAUGGGUGGUAAUCUUGGUGAAGUUAUUCGUCGUUUAACAAAUGCAGUUAAUGAUAUCGAAAAACGUGUUCCAUUCAGCCACAAUGAUCGCUUGGGAUUCCUUACAUUCUGCCCAACCAACUUGGGAACAACAAUCCGUGCAUCAGUACACAUUAAGGUUCCAAAAUUGGCUGCUAAUAAGGCUCGUCUUGAAGAAGUUGCUUCCAAAUACAACUUGCAAGUUCGUGGAACUCGUGGAGAACACACAGAAGCUGAAGGUGGCAUUUAUGAUAUUUCAAAUAAGAGACGUAUGGGCUUGACUGAAUUCCAAGCUGUUAAGGAAAUGUACGAUGGUAUCACUGAAAUCAUCAAGAUUGAAAAGUCAUUGUAAAAAGGAUGAGUAGCAUAAAACAACAAUUCUCUCAAAACUUUAUUACACUACGUACACGCUACUACUAUAAUUAUUAACAUCUCAUGUCUCGUCAGCAUUUGUGACGAUCAAAAUUUCAUCAGUGAUCUUUAAAUUCUUGUUUAAUUUAAAUUAUUGAUAAAAAACACUUGAAUUGAAAAGUAAUAUGGUCCCUUUUCUCUUCAUCUCAGUAUCAAGUUUUGAUGUGAUGAUCACAAAAUGCUAAAAUGAAAUUGUUUAAAAUUUUUGUGAGCAAAAAAAAAGAAAACAAACUUACACACAAAUACACAAACACACAAACAAGAAGUUAAUUAAAAUAAAGAGAAACCAUAAAUUUUAAGUUU